AUGAAGUACUCUCUGACCCUUCUUCCAACUAUCGCAUCUCUCGCUCUGGCAACUCCGGUUGCCAGACAAUCGGGCUCAAAUCCUUCAGUCGACGGGCUAAACUUUGUCAUUGAUGGCCAGACCGGCUACUUUGCCGGGACUAACGCGUACUGGCUCCCAUUUCUUACUGAUGACGCCGAUGUCAACCUUGCCAUGAGCCAUUUGGCGGAAUCGGGCCUCAAGCUCCUGCGUGUCUGGGGUUUUAACGAUGUGAACACCGUCCCUGCUGAUGGCACUGUCUACUUUCAGCUCCAUGCGGACGGUGUUUCAACUAUCAACACUGGAGGGUACGGCCUCCAGCGUCUGGAUGCUGUUGUUACGGCGGCGGAAAAUGAAGGGAUCAAGUUAAUCAUCCCGUUGGUGAACAACUGGGAUGAUUACGGCGGAAUGAAUGCCUACGUUACGGCAUAUGGCGGCACCAAAACGAGUGCAUUUAUAAAGGCUAUCGAUUCUAAUCAUCUGGUGGCAAUUGGUGAUGAGGGAAUGGGUCUUGAUGGAGGCAGCGAGUACCCCUAUACCACCACCGAAGGAAAUGAUUUUGCUCUGAAUCUGGCUAUUCCUGAUAUCGACUUUGGCACCUUGCAUCUCUAUACUACCGACUGGGGCGUGAGCGAUAACUCCUGGGGAAACCAAUGGGUCCAAGACCACGCCGCAAUCUGCGAUACUCUCGACAAGCCGUGCCUGUUUGAGGAAUACGGAAUCAAGAAUAACCAUUGUACCAACGAUUUGGACUGGCAGGAUACUUCUUUGGCCGCAACUGGGAUGGCAGGUGAUUUGUUCUGGCAGUUUGGCGACGAUCUUAGCGGAGGCCAAACAGCUGAUGACCAGUACACUGUAUACUAUGGCACCGAUGACUGGACUUGUUUGGUGACAGACCAUGUUGCCGAGAUCAACGGAGCCUAG